UCACUUUGUACUAAGAGAGUGAAGAAUUCGAAGAUCGAGGAGGACGUAUCUGCUAUUUUUUCUAUAAAUGAAAUGUAUCAGCCCAAAGGCGUUCCUACUUCAAGCUUAGCCCACAACAAUGUUGCUGUCAAUAAUCAGUCAUUAGACUGUGCCGGCGGCUCAAUGGACCCGAUCAGUGGAGGCAACAACAAUCCUAGUCUUGCCUCAAAGCAACGUCUGCGUUGGACCAAUGAGCUUCAUGAACGAUUUGUUGAUGCUGUAGCACAACUUGGCGGCCCGGAUAGAGCUACACCGAAAGGUGUUCUUAGAGUCAUGGGUGUACAAGGGCUAACCAUUUACCAUGUAAAAAGCCAUUUACAGAAAUAUCGACUUGCUAAAUAUCUUCCAGAUUCCUCAUCUGAUGGGAAAAACUCUGAUAAGAAAGAACCAAGAGAUAUGCUUUCAAGUUUGGAUGGUUCAUCAGGAGUGGAAAUCACUACGGCUCUAAAGCUGCAGAUGGAGGUGCAAAAGAGACUGCAUGAGCAACUGGAGGUCCAAAAACAGCUACAACUUAGAAUAGAAGCCCAAGGUAAGUAUUUGAAGAAGAUAAUCGAAGAACAACAGCGGCUCAGUGGAGUUCUUUCAGAAGUCCCUGGUUCUGGGGUCACUGCUCCCCCAACUGGUGACAAUGGCCCAGAAUCUGAUAACAGGACUGAUCCAGGGACUCCUGCACCAUCAUCUGAGUCUCCUCAUGUUGAUAAGCCUGUAAAAGCACAUGCCCUAACAAAGAGCCUUUCUAUGGAUGAAUCGUUCUCCUCGCAUCAUGAGCCACUCAGUCCAGAUUCUGAUUUCCAUGAAACUUCGCCUAUAGAGAGCCCUAACGGUGAGAGGUCAUCAAAGAAACAAAGAGUGGGCACAAGUGCAGCAUUCACAAAAGACAACAUGGCACUUCCACAUCAGAUAUUGGAAUCAAGCUUGAGCUCACCUUACCAGCAACCACAUUCAGCUUUUAUGACGAGGGACCAAUUUAAUUUUACAUCAGGAUUAUCUCUUGGCAUCGAUGAUCAGAAAGUUUCUGGUAGCAACAUCUAGUUAUUUGAUGCCCAGCAUGCUGCUUGUGCAACAUGACUUCAAUUCAUCUAAUCGUGUAACCUUUUAAUAUAUAUGUUACUCAUUUGGUCACAGAUACCGCUUGGUUUUUAAUGUGUUAGGUUUAAGUUGCUCUUUUAUCUCCAGAGUCUAUGGGCUUAACCACUUUAUGAUAAUAUAGGUGCAGCUUUUAUUUAUUGCUA